UAGUAGCCUUAGGCAUCUUGUAGUGCAACCAUAAUGCCAUUGGAGUUUAGGGCACAUACAGAGGUUGCUUAGUGGACUGGGAUGUUUUGUUGCUUGAGUGGGAAUGUAGGGUUUAUUACAAAGUUUUGGAAGAAUUCCUUCAUACCAGUGCAUCUUGUGGCUGUUAAGAAUAUUUGUGUAACAAAACAAUUUAAUAGCAUUUGAACAGCAAUGCAUUUUAGCUUUGGGAACCAGCUUGAUUAGAACAUAAUACACAGCUAGUGAAGAUGUUGAGAGCACCAGAAGGUUCACUGACAUUCACUGUUAACUGAUAGCUGACUUUUGACUGUCAACCACCUUUGGGGCUUUUGGGGCCUUGAGAUCCAGGCCUUGAUGGAGGGCAGUCUUCCAGACACCACUUCCAGGCUUCCUUGUAGCAAAAUUAGGAACAGGGUCCUCUGUCUGCAGGCAUGCUCCAAAAGAUUUCCAUGCAAAAAAUAAUGCAAAAUUCAGUGUUCAGUUGAUGGGUCAAGUUGAACUGAGAAUUUAAAUUGACCAUCUAAGUCAAAUGAAUGCCAGCACAGAUUCACUGUGCCAAUGCCCUGUAUCAAGGACUGUGCAUGACACAAGCAUGGUUAUGCCUGACAAGAACACUGGAAAGUCAUCCAAUCAUCCAGGUGAUGGAAUUCGAAACGUGAAGACAACCAAUGUGUUCAGGGCUGUUAAUUUUGAGCUCUAUGCUAAGCCAAACAAAGUGGUAAUGGUCCUGGGCAGUGCUGCCUUAGCUGGUUGCCUGGGCUACAUCCUGUACAUGAGAUCGCAAGCCGACCUGAAGAAUAACUACCUGGCCGAGUCCGAAGACGGCCAGCUCCACAUCACACCAAAGAGGUCAAAGUGGGACAUGUAAGACGGUGGGAGCCGCCGCCAACCAUCAUGGGGGACGUGCGCCA